GUAAUUUAUUUGACUACGAAAUGGAUCAAAAUCCUAACUACAACUUCGGUUAUGGACAGGCCUAUGGCUCUGGCACUGAUCACACCAGCGAUUCCACCAAUAAUUACAACUGGGCAAGUCAAUGGAGCCAACCAGAGUCCGCUGCCUCGCUGGCUACCCACACGUUCCCACAAUAUGUCAGCCAACAACAGCAGCAGCAGCAACAACAGGCUCAACAACAAGCUCAGAAUACUUAUGCAGCCAUGAACCCAAUUUCAACAUUCAUGCAACAACAACAGAGAGCACAAACCUUCCCACAGAAGAAAUACGGACAACAAGGCGGUGCUCCAAAACCAUCUGCAAUUCGUAACAACAAUUUCGGUGCGUUUGGCGGAGGGCACGCUUUGAGUCAGGAGUGGGUGCAACCAAUGUCGCAAAACCAAAUGGGUGGCCCACAGGGAAAUCGUUUUUUUAACAAUCAAAAAGGCGGUCCAUUCAACCAAAACAAACCAAAUUGGAGGCAAAAUAAGCCCAAGGGUCCAGCUGCUCCCAAAAAGUUUGAUUCGACUGGGAAAAGCCCAGCGAUGUUGCUUCAUGAGCUGUUCAAGGAUGUUUCUGAAGAGUACACUGAGGUUGAGGGCGUUCCGAAAAAGUAUUGCUGCACAUUGAAAGUAAACGGACGCACUUUUCAAAUGGAAUCAGUCAACAAGAAAGCAGCGAAACAAAAAUGUUCGGAACUUGUUGUUCGCGAUCUUCGUCCGGAUGUUCAUGUAACACCAUUUGAAGAAGGUGUAGCAGCAAAAGCAGCGGCUCCAGUGAAAAAGGAAAUCGAUGCCGCUUCUGGAAAUGGGCAGAACAACAAGAGAAAUUUGCUUCAGGCUGAUGCUAUUUCAAAUCAACCGACACCGAAAAAGGUCUCCGCUGUUAAGAAAGCAAAGCUCCAGUUGACACCUGUUGAAUCUGCGCUUUCGUUGCUAGAUCUAAUGCAAAAAAUAAUUGCUGAGUCUGCCGAGAAGUAUUCACCAGUUUUCGAAGCUUCGGAGGUUCCAAAAGAUCCAGAGAUUCCCGAAGUCGAAGUCAAAAAAGAAGAAGUGGAUACAAAUGGAGAAAACGUUGCCAAUGAAAAGAAGAGUGGUUGGCGCAAAAAUGAGACCAUGCAUAAUGUCACUUUGAAAUUCGUGGAGCAAAAUAAACAAUAUACAAAGAUGGGACCAAGUCGUGGAGUUUUGAAAGAUAUGGUCAUUCGUGAAGCUCUUCGUGACUUGUUCAACGUGUCACAUGCCGACAUCACCACUGUUGCCCGUAGACAUGCAAGUAAUCGUCUUGGACACGAUACGACAAUCCUUCAAUGUCUCAAUACCAUUUGCUCAAUUUUAAAUUGCACUCUUACUAUUGAAUGUGAGCCAGCAGAAGACAGACCACUUGGUAUCGGAAGAGCAUAUUUCAUGGCAAAAUGCACAAUUAUUGAUCACAAUGAGAAUGAUUUGAAAUUUGAAGUCAAGUCCUCAUCACUCGCUUCCAAAGCAAUGGCCAAAGACUGGGUCGCGCAAGAAACACUAAAAAACUAUUUUGCAAUAGAUCCAUCUUCCUGUGUGAAAACAGAUGCUGUCAGCAGUCAGGGACCGUGUGCUCUUCUCCACGCGAUGCUCAACAAGCAGACGAAACAGAAGUGCAAGAUUGCCUAUGAAUUCAAGGACAAUGUACCUCCAGUUGCUGGACAGGCUACAACGACAUUCUAUUGUGAAUGCGUAAUCGAUGAAACCGAUCGGUACAUUGGCGUUGGUCGUUCGAAAAAACUGGCUAAAAGUGAAGCGGCAAUGCAAGCUCUGAAGAAGCUUUUCAAAAUUGACUAUGAUCCAGCCGGCAACUAUCCACUUGCAUUGACAAGUCGUGCUAUGACCGAGUCAAAGGUUUCUCCAUUAUGCAGACAUAUCGCAGAAUUUUGUAAGAGAGAAUACCACCAGAUGACUGAAUACUAUCAAAUACCUCCCAGCAAUUUGUUUGCUGCUUUCCUAUUGGUCAAUGCUCAAGAAGAGAAGCGUGUUCUUGCAAUGGGUUCAUCUAUACAAUAUAUAGUCGAACCAGAUACUCUCAGUGGAGCCAAUGGAACAUCUCUACUUCAUUUGGAUGCUAUUAUUCUUGCCCGCAGAGCAAUGUUGAAGGCAUUUAUCCAUGAACUUAGCACCGUUGAUUCAGAAUGUUCAAUUUUCGAGAAAAAGGAAGAGGGAAAAGCUGCCUUAAAGCCGAAUCUCCGGCUUGUUCUCUAUUCCAACUACUCGCCACCAUGCAUUCAUGCAGUCGAUGAUGCUGCAACUAAGAAGUUGUCAUAUGUAACGCCAACAAAUCUGACAUGUGUACCAGACGAUGUGCUUACCUACGAACAAAUUAAGGAAACGAAGUCCCUUCGAGUUCAUUGCACUGCGGAUAAACUAUUCAAAUGGAACACUUUGGGAAUUCAAGGCGCUCUCCUCUCCAAUGUUCUUCAUCCAAUUUUCAUUGAUAACAUCUUCUUCGGCUCAGAAGCUCCAGUCUCUGAUGAAUCACUCAGUUAUGCUUUGCAAGGACGCCUUGGACCAAACGAAAAUGAACGAGAGAUCAUUGUGGAGAGUAUGCCUGUGCAAAUGAGAAUGCAUAUGGGCAUAUCUCAUCUCUGGCACCGUGGAGUGGAUUCUGUUGAAACUCUGGAUUACAAUACUGGACGCACUUCAAAGGGAUCCCCAUCGCGAGUUUGUAAAGCUGAAAUCUUUGAGGCGUAUCGUAAAUUGAACGGAGUCGACCAGGCCGUUGUGAAUUAUGCGAAGGCGAAAGAGAUGGCGUCUGAAUACCAGUAUGAGAAGAAAGUGUUCUAUGAAAAGCUCGAGGCUGCGGGACUCGGAAAAUGGCAAACAAAACCAGCUGAGCUUGUUGACUCCUUCACUCUUGCUGCUUUCGAUUAAUUACUCAAUAAUUCAUAAUUUAAUUACCACCAUUUCUUCGAUCUUCGUUUUCUCUCUGCACCUUCUUUUUAACUAUCUUUGAAGUGUAUGAUCUUCAAGCCAUUGCCGCUUUAAUGCGGUAUUCUUUUGUUGUUUAAUUUUUUAAAUUUUUCUGACGCCAAAAUAAUUUAUAAAGUAUUGGUUAAA